GCUAUUUCACCUGGAAGCCAUUUCCGUUGGAGAAAAUUUCCGGUGAUCUUUUUUUUUGUGUUGACUUCAGCAAGUUGUAUUGAAAUUAAUCGAAUCUGGUCGCAGUCUUUGUCUAUCCGGAUCGCUUCCUCUCUAAUUUAUGUUGUCAUAAGGGUAUGAAACGUGCUAUUUCUGCAAUUAUGGAAGCAAAUCAAAUAGAAGACGAGGAGAAAUCAAAAUCUCCGCUCAACCCUGAUGAAGUUGCUGCAAUUGCUGCUAUCAGUGAUGAAGUUGUUCUUGAAGAAGAAAUCAUCCAUGAACAUCCACCUCCCCAAUACCAGAAUUUAGUAAUUCAACAUAUGGACAUUGCUGAACCUCUUUCUACACUUAAACGACUUCUUGAAAUCCGCCUGCAGUGUUCUCUUGCAGAACAUAGUUUUUACCUCCAAGACACAAUUUUGUUGGACAGCAGCAAAAGUUUAGUGGAGCAAUGUGUUCAAGGAGAAGGAAUGGUUCAAAUUAACCUUGAGGUGAAAUCACAACCAGGUACAAAACCCAAAAUCAAUAUUUUGGAUAUCUUAAAACCUGCUGAAGAAGUACUUCCACCUCCCAGUUUGCCAGAACCGACUCAGACAGUUCAGCAGCCACAGGCCACAAAAGUGGUUAUUCCAUUGCCAGAAGAAUCUGAAAAUGUUACAAGAUGGAUUGUUGAUCAAAAUUUCAGGAAAGAACAAGAAAGACUUAAAAUACCCCGUGAUCCUGCUCAGUGGUCAGAAGUUCAUGUCCGUCAUUGGAUACAGUGGGCGUGCAGAGAAUUUCAUUUAGAAGGAGUAGACAUCAACCAGUUUCGACUAAAUGGCAAACAGUUGUGUGAUUUACAGCACGAAGAAUUUAUCAAAUACAUACCAUUUGAUAGAAACGAUAUAUUUUGGACACAUUUGGAGCUUCUAAGGAAAUGUAAAUUUGUUGCUGUUCUCCAACAACCAACUCCACAUGCUAUUACCACUAUAACAGUUUCAACAUCAGAUGGUCAUUCAGGUGGAAAAAUUCUUAGUAAGACGCCACGACCUCGAUUAACUAGGAUUACAGGUGAAGAAAGGAUUACACCUGGUAAUAGAACAGGCAACAACGGUCAGAUUCAAUUAUGGCAGUUCUUAUUGGAGCUGUUAACUGACAAGGAAUAUCGAGAGAUUAUCCAGUGGGUUGGAGAUGACGGAGAAUUCAAAUUACACAAUCCUGAGAUGGUGGCUCAGCUGUGGGGCCAGCGUAAAAACAAACCAACCAUGAACUAUGAGAAACUAAGUCGUGCUCUACGGUACUAUUAUGAUGGAGACAUGAUUGCAAAGGUUCAUGGGAAACGAUUUGUAUACAAAUUUGUGUGUGACCUCAAGAUGUUGCUUGGCUAUUCAUCACGGGAACUCAGCAAAUUGGUGCCUACAAACUGUGAUAAAAAGGUACAACACAUCGAAAUAUUGCCACAAUGCGUUGAAAAAAAAGUACAACACAUUACAGACAAGCCUCUAUUGGCAACUAUCACAAUGAAACGGGUUGACCAAAAAACACAGACAGUUUAGCCCCAGUGUGACAGGGCAAUCUGUAAAUGGAGGACAUAUAUAUCACAGACACAUUUAUUUCAGACUCUAUGGAAAUAUUUUGGUUGUUCUGUCUUGGAGGAGGUUCUUUAUUUUUAAUUUCUUUUCAAUUUAGUUUUAUACAAAAGUGAAACUACAAACUGUGUUGUUGAAAUACACUAAAAUCAAGUCAUUUCAAUCAAACUAUAACCCUCCCUCAUUCUCUCUUUUUCCUCACCCCAUUUUCAUGCAUGGCGCCCCGCUCCCCACCUCUAAAAUUCAUUUUUUUUUUUCCUCGUAAAAAAAAAUUCACAUUCCCUUCUCUACUAAGGAAUUCCAGUUUGACUAACCACCAAUACUUGACAACAUUCUCUUCUAAUAACAUUA